AUGGUUUUUGGAAGUCCGUUCAGUGAUACAUAUCCAUCUUUUAUUUGGAAAAUACUUGGAAAAAGUAGAAAAGGAAAAGAUAUUUUCAACCCCUUUUUCGUGGCAUUAAAUAAAACCAGAAUAUAUGAUCAUGUAUUAAAGUAUAAUAGUCGAUAUUGGCUUUUUGUUGUUACUGGAGGUUGUGUUACCUCCUAUUUUUGGGGCAUAUGGUUUAACAACAUGUGGAAGAAAAUAAAUAAAGGGAAAUUAUAUAUUGAUUGCCCAUAUACAUAUCCUGAGGAAGAGGAUUAA